CGGCUUGACUCAGCUCAGUCUGAUCCGAGCGAAGCCAGUGGCCUGAGCGGCUACCGCGAGCACACGCUCUUCUCAACGUAUCGGUUGUGCUACGAAAUCUGAACAGUUAAUCACAGUCAUUAUCAUCAUUCUUGAGCAUGACCAUUAGCUUUCACCUUCGAUACGGAUAAUUGGUGUCACGUAGACACACAGAGGAAAUCAAAUUUAGUCAGAGAAAAAGAACCUACGAGAAGACGCAAAAGAGAAAUACACGGGAUCCCUUGACAUGUCACGGGAUACAUGUGCGGAAUUCGUUUAAAAUUCGUUUAAGAGGUAACAAUAAUCGGAUAUAAGAUCCCUUAUAUCGUAUUUCUUGAUCGUUAUAUGCGAGUGAUGAUAAAACAAGGAAAUUCAAGGUAUACCAGAUGAUUUCGUGGAAUCGAUCCGUUUAAUUGAAGAUCCCGAGAAAGGAUGAACAGAAGCACCGAGAGGGUUAAGUGACGAAGCUGAGUGGAAGGACCGGAUAAAGGAUACCAAAGGAAGGUAGAGCAAUGGUGGUCGAGUGGCUGUGUCCCGGUCUGAGGCCGACCGGUAGCCGUAGACCUCGACUCCUACACUGCAAAGUGAUCCUCCUCGACGAGCACGAGCUACUCCAGGACGUGCUGAGUUCGAAUUUGGGUCAGGAACUGCUGGACAGGGUGUUCAGACAUUUGAACCUUCUGGAGACUGCGUAUUUUGGGUUACGGUAUCUUGAUCACGAGAAUCAAACGCAAUGGCUAGAUCCCAGCAAGAAGAUCGGGAAGCAGCUCAAACUUCAAAGCGGAGAUCAAAGUCCGGACGUGCACGCGCUAUACUUCGGGGUCAAGUUCUAUGCCGCGGAUCCUUGCAAGCUCAUAGAAGAAAUUACCAGGUAUCAAUUUUUCCUGCAAGUCAAACAGGACAUCCUGCAAGGGAGGCUGCCGGUUUCCUUCGAUCUGGCCGCUGAACUCGGAGCCUACGUUGUGCAAUCGGAACUGGGGGAUUAUGAUCCACGACGACACUCCAUUGGAUACGUCACCGAGUUCCGAUUCUUGGCUAAUCAGACGGCGGAACUUGAAGCGAGGAUAGUGGAACUGCACAAGACCUUGGUAGGCCAAUUGCCUGCGGCGGCUGAACUUAACUAUCUGGACAAGGUGAAGUGGCUUGAGAUGUAUGGAGUCGAUUUGCAUCCUGUUCUGGGUGAGGAUAACGUGGAGUAUUUUUUGGGACUGACACCAAGUGGUAUAAUACUUCUGCGUAAUAAGACGAAAGUAGGAAACUAUUAUUGGCCUCGAAUUAACAAAAUAUAUUAUAAGGCUAGAUACUUUAUGCUGAGGGUCAGCGAGAAGAAUUCUGAGGAGAGAACUCAUGGAUUCGAGACCCCAUCGAGAGGAGCGUGCCGACAUCUUUGGAAAUGCUGCCUGGAGCAUCAAGCCUUUUUUAGAUUAAUGGCUACCGGUCCACCACCCUUGAGUCCUUAUUCCCGCUUUCGAUCUUAUAGUCCACCUUCCGGGUCCGAGAAGCAUACUGCGAUCAGACGAAAUCCACCCCCGGUCUUUCAAAGAACCCCUAGCAGAAGGGCGCAACGUCGAGUAGUGGAAGGUCAGGAAAUGGUGAGACCCUUUGUCGAGACGCCUACUGCUAUUCCGAAUACUGGCAACAGUGGUAAUACUCCGAGUACCAAUACGAGGCAGGUAAAUUCAAGUCCUAGAAGCACUAGGAGUGCACCCUGGACACAGAGCCAACCUCGUGGUCUUUACACCUCGUCUAGUCCUCGAUCCGUGCGUUCUGCAGGAACUGCACCGGCACUCUUGAGCAGACUCCAACGUAGGAGCAGCUCGGUGGAGAGCCAAAGCUCAGGGGAUAGUCACAGUCGUGGUGGACACCGUAGAAGGAGUCACAGUCAUAGUCAUCGUAGACAUAGUCGACACUCCGAUUGCGAGUCCGAAUUAUCUAGAGGAUCUGAAAAUAGAUCUGGUCAUCGUAAGCAUCGAAGGAAGCACAGAAGUUCACGGUCCUCUAGGCACGAAUUGAUAGAUUCUGAGCCGCAAUGGAGGGAGGCUCAAAGACGAAAGAGCGAGGGUGUCCAGAGAGCUGUGGUUAGUCACACAGAACCCAGACGAAGACACAGAAGUAGGCACCGGAGUCCUUCUCACAAGCAACUUCCAGACGAGCUUAGGAAAUCAGAUCGCCUAAUACGUAUAAGAACAUCGCAAACGGCAAUGUUUCCCGUAUCGCUACACGAGGCAACGCGUUUUUCCAGGCACCUGGAGUUUGGCCUAGUCGAUACAACAGGAAUGAGCGAACAGCAACGCCGAGAAAUUCCUUAUACGGUGGUUCAAGCUCAAAACGUUCCACAAUGUCCCGUUCAAUCUAGUAAUCCAAGAUUGGACGAUGGGGAUGCGACAUCCCUGCCUAGAAUGAUCGGAUCCGUUGGCAAAAGAGACAGAAGAGUGGUUCAGCAUACUUGCGAUGGAAAUUAUAAUUUGCCAUCAACGAGACGCGGUCGAAACGAUACAAAGUAUCCUGAGCCUAGGAGCGAGUAUAAUUUGCGGAAGGACUUUGAUUAUACUCGUAACAGCAGAAUGUUGAUAGGAAGUAAUGUGGACAGUGGCCUCGGCGAAAGCACACCACAGGAUUUUUCCAGCUGCUGUUCAAGCUCUGCAGACAGCACUAAGCCUACUCGUGUAACGCAAAAGCAAUUAGCGGGAGAGGUGCGGUAUGAACUGUCUUCAAAUCAAGCCAUCUACCCUGUUGACGCUACCCUGGACGCAGUCCUUCAACCAAUUAUAUCCAUGCUAGGUUUACCGCUGAUAAGGGGCACAGGAGAUAAUAUGAAUUUGAACUUUAACGCGCCGACAAAGGACCCGGCCAAAAUGAGCACUCAGCUUUAAAUGAAAAGCAGACUUUUAUGCACAUACUGUAUAUUUAAGAAGUUUGUUAUACCUCAACAAAAUAAAUAUGUAUAAUCCCACCAGUCACUCAGUUGAUGAGAAGAAACAGUCAUCCAAUGUUGUGAACACGGUUUUAUUUGGAAAAUAUACUCCUAUUCUUAUUUCGUUA